AUGGAUCAGUCUAAUAAACGAAAAUCUAUCAAUAUCGUACAAUGGAAUGCAAAUAAACUGACAGCUUUUCUGUCUGAAUUUAAUGUUGAUAUACUAUUGGUAAGCGAAACUAAAUUAAAAACUAGCAAUAAAUGUCAUAUUAAAAAUUACGCAUGCUACAGAAAAGAUAGACCAACUAACACUGCUUCAGGUGGAGUGGCUAUUUUUAUUAAAAAAUCAAUACAGCAUUCACUUGUAUCAAUUAAUACGAAGUCUUUAGAAGCAAUAGGUAUAAAAAUUCCAGGUGAUGUGUUGAUUGUUUCUUGCUACAACCAUCCGAACACCAACAUACACACUGGUGACUUAGAUUAUAUCUUUAAACUUGGCAAUAAAAUAAUAAUUGCUGGUGACUUAAAUGCUAAGCAUGCUUUAUGGCACUGUAAACGCGCCAACACAAGCGGAAAAAUAUUAUAUAGUUAUAUGCAAUCUAACCCAGUAGAUAUCCAAUUUCCGGAUGCACCUACUAGAAUAUCAAAUACAGAUACUCUUGCUUCAACUAUAGACAUAGCUUUAAUCAAAAAUGUGGCAGUAAGUAAACCAAAAGUAUUAAAUCAAUUAGAUUCAGACCAUCAGCCGGUUCAAAUAACUAUACUUAACAAAUAUGUUGAGCAUACAGUUAAAAAGGUAUUAUUAUACGAUAAGACAAACUGA